AGGGAGAAAAAAAUCCAUUUAAUGUAAUGAGAUUUUGGCUCUGUUGUUACUUGAGGUGGCAAACCUGUGUCUAAGCUAGGGGUGGGGAACCUUUUUCAGCUUUUUCUCUCAUAUAGAACCAUCCAGGGCCAGGACACCAGUGUUGGCAGGGCAGGAGGCGAAAACGGGCGGAGCAACAGCUAGGACUCUCACUUUUGUACAGGCUGCAUUCCAGACACACAAAAGCUAGGGGUGUGCAUGUGUACACACAAACACACACACCUUUCGAUCCAGGCAGCCACAGUUCAAGGCCACAUUCCAGGGAGGCAAAAAAAAACAAAAAAAAAAACAACCAGCAACACCAGAGGAGAGAGCAGAGCAGUGCCUCUGUAAGGGGUGUGGGCUGGGGAGGGUGCCCAAGGCUAGCUGCAGGACAGGAGGGCUGUAUCUGACCCGAAGGCUCACUACUCCUGGACUAUACGGAUUUAAUUCUGGCUGUGGGAGGCUUUUGCAAUUAAAUGAAUUACUUCUCGAUACCGAAAAUCCUCUCCAUGUAGAAAAGAAAUGUCAGGGAAAAGGCUAAGCUGAAACACAACCUUUCACUCUGAUAUCUAGUUUCCUAUGUAAAAUAAUUUUAUGUUGGAGGGUGCCGAUGGAGGAGAAGCAUUCAAUCAGGCUAACACUCCGCCCCAGUCAGAGGCGACAGCGCUCUGCUUAAGAGACUUGCCAACUCAAUGAGAACUAGACACCUAAGCCCUAAUCACGAACACUUACAAAACGCAGAGAAAUUCCUGCGUGGACGUACUUAAGAACGGACUGCGGGGUUGCAAUCUGAGCCUCGUUUACUAAGGAAUAAAACGCCACUCCGAGCAAGAACGCGCAUUUUUUGCUUCUCUGUUGCCAUGGAAACCUAAUACCAGGCAAGGCCAACACAGCCCAGUGAGCAACCGGCAGCCUCGUCACCAGGCUCUGGAGCCGCGCGCAUGAUUAGGGGAACCGGGCCUGCCUCCCCUCACUCGCCCUGGCGUUAACAGCGGCGCCUUAGCAGCACUGAGCUCACCUCGCCUGACGGCCGCCAUUUUUUCGCUCCCCCCCGCCUCCCGCUCGCUCUCCGCCCCGCCUCAGCUCCUCCAAUAUCCCGAUAGUCCUUGCGCAGCCUCACUCGGGGCCUCGUGAACCUCCGCAUACUGCAGUUCGUUGCUUUUCGCGCGGGCGGGAUUGCACAACAGAUUUCGGAGCUCAGGCGUUCGGGCUGAAUCGGACAGCUCCGGUCGCUUGGGAUUGUGAGGGGCGGGAUUCAGAAAUCCCUGUUCGGCCUUUCCCGCUCGCUUCCCGCUUAUGCCCUUCGAUUCGGUUAUAGCCGGAAAGACUCGGGUCUCUUCGGCAAUCGCCGUCGGUCGCCGCUAUUGAGAAGCCGAGACGAACCUGCGCCAGUUCGGGCGCCUUCGCAAGCUUUCGGCCUCGUUCUCGAUCUCUUCGAUUGGGAAUUAGGCUGAUCGGAAGAGGUCGGCUUAGAUCGGGAACUGUUCGGGAUUUUUCGGGUGAGACCGAAGCGGCGCUCCGGAGGCCUCGGCCAGGGUUGCCAUCGGCAGCACUCGGGAGAGUACUCGGGCAAGAUCGGAGAGGGCUUUGGGCAGUUCGUUUCGUCACUCGGGAGCCGCCAAAGAGGCGCUCGGGUGAGAUCGGAGACGAAAUCUCAAUCGGACGGCCUCGGCUCACCUCGCUUCGGUCACCCCCCCGCGCCCCCCUCCCCAACACCCCCGGCUAAAGGCCUCUUCGGAUGGAGGACUCGGACUCGGCCGCGAAGCAACUGGGCUUGGCUGAGGCCGCGGCGGUAGCUGCCGCCGCUGCAGUUGCCGCGGCGGCAGCAGCUGCGGCGGCCGCAGACGGGUCGGAGCACCAGCAGCGUGUGGAGGCGAGUGGCUCGGGGGCGGAGCCACCAGAGGAAGAGGAGGUGACGGCCGUGACCGUAAUGGCGGCGGAUGCCGAACACAUCGAGAUGGGAGCCGAGUCCCUGCCGAGCAGCGACGAGGCCACCGCGGCUGCCUUCGCAGGUCAGCGCACCCGGCGCAUGCGCAGAGGCGCCCAGCCAGCCUGUCCGUUCAGCUUCGUCCCUGACGCUUGGCUGGUUCGCGCUCGUGCGCUUCAAGGAGUGUUAAUGGACCCCCGCCUGUUUUUCUAACAUCACGUUUUGAAUGCUCGUAUUGCAUCAGACACCACUCUGCUCUGUGGAAGUACUUCGCACGUUCCUCAGCCGCUAUUAGUCAAGUGUAUAGAAAUCACGUGUACACAUGGAUAUGUGAAUCAGCUCUGAGACAUAGUAUAGCGGAGGAGUCGUAGCUGUCAUGGCUGCAGUGUUUCAUUUCUACUGCUCCCUGAGUCAUAGGGCUACUGGACCUUUAAUACCGUGGCAGGGAGUCUUUUUGGCCUUCCAGGUGUUGGCCCUGCUGUUUGGUGAUAAUGGGAGCUGGAAUCUCAACGUCCGAAGGGCCACAGGUUUCCCAGGCCUGCUUUGACAGCAUCUUGACAAGCAGAAAUCUAGCCGAUGUAGGGUUCCUCUAUAGUUCCCAAGGGAGAGCUGUGCCUGUUUAAUUUCCGCCUGUCAGCCAACUGAAGAAAGACACAGAGCCCUGCUUUGUAGUGAUUAGAUGUGACAACCCUAAACACAGCAAUAUAACUUGUCUGUGUGCAUUUAUACGUUUCAUUUUUUAGUUUGCCACAGGAAAUAUGGCUGGAUGUCUGAAAUGCAUAAAAUAUCAAAGUAGCAUACAGUAAAGCUUCACUCAUUUAAAAAUUAAAGACUUGUAAAAGCAUCUGAAGUAGAAAGUUCUGUAAAUAUAUGCAUACAUUGACCUCAGUCAUACACUGGGACUAAAUCAUGGAACUCAAUGAACUUUAUUUCUGAGUAGACACACACACACACACACACACACACACACAGGACUGCACUGUAAAAGGGAAACGGUCCCCACUGCAUCUCACCACUUAACAUUUAAGUGCAGUCACUAUAUUGGUGUCUUAUUACUAAUUAGCUGUGCUCACUGAGCCAAAAAUGUUUGCUUUAUACAUUGAAAUGCACACCUCAGAGGGAGAGAGAUCAUGGGGUACCUUACACCUAGAUAGUUGGAUAAGAAAAACAUUUGCAAUUGCAUGUUUUACUGCAUGGAAUUUAUCUGGUCCAUGGGAGGCUGUAGCAGAAAAUUAAACAUUAUUUUGGCCAUAUUUUACAGAAGUGACUACAGUAACUGUAGCCAACGUGGGUGCCUCUGCAGACAACGUAUUCACUACUUCAGUAGCAAAUGCAGCAUCUAUUUCAGGACAUGUUCUGGUAAGGUCAGGUUUGAUUCAUUCUCCAAUAUUUAUUCCUUCAUAUUUAAUUUCUUGUGUGUGAUAAGUAACAUCAAAGCUGUGUGUGUAUGUCGCUAUGACAAUUCAUCAAUCCAACUGCACAGAUGUUGCUUUUACCCAGGGCUUGUGGGAUAAAUACAUUAUUGUGUACUCUUCCUUUUAAUUCCAUUAUGGGCAAUCUUACACAUUACACAGAGGAAAACCCAGGUUUGCCAACACGUGUAGAUUCAACAUAAAUCAGUGAGUAGCCAAUCACUUGAAAAUGUAUAAAGCUGCCUUGAUGUAGCCAUUGACUCUACAAUGCCCCCUUUUAUAUCACUUGUACAAAACUCAAUAAUGUAAUAUUGUUUAAGUAGUUCAUGAUUUGCACAGGGAGUAUCUAGAGUCUGGACUGUAAGAUCCUUGGGACGGAGACCUCUCUCAAUGUUGUAUGCCUUAUGUUUGGCUUGUAGUUAGUUUUAUUUGCUUGUUGGCCCCAAUCCAAUCCAUACUGGCACAGGAAAACUCUGGGAACUGUGUCUAUUCAACUGCACAAUGAAUGCUGAGGAAGGGAGAUGUGGAUUUCUCCUCUCCCCUGUAAAUAUGCAAAUCCACCUUAGAUAUUUCCAUACUAACUUAGAAAUCUAUAGGCAAACUAAUAUAAAAGAAUAACAAUCCUUUCAGGUUGUAUCAGCUAAAGCUCUUUCUUCUGCAGUCUGGAAGGACAGCUCUUCAAAUUGGAGACAGCUUGAACACUGAGAAAGCCACUCUGAUUGUGGUCCACACAGAUGGCAGCAUCGUAGAGACUGCAGGCUUAAAGGGGUCGUCAGCAUCUCUAACAUCAGGUAUUAUGUGGCCUUGCAAAGUUUUUUUAAAGCGUCACUCCUCAUGUUUAGUUUCAUGCCUUGCAGUGAUAAGGUUAUCGUGACAGUUAACUCAUAACAUUUGGCUUAUCACCUCUUGACGUUUUGUUGGUGUAUUUUCUGACUGUUCACUUUUAUAUCAGAAAUGACAGAUGAAAGUACUUUGAGUUAGUUCAAGUAGCUAAGGGAAAUUUCUAAACUGAGAGAUGGAAGGCAAAGUGGAUUUUGCGACAGGAUGACAAAUGUUUAUUGAAUUUUGGCAAAAUAAGUAUAAUGACUUGGACCCACACUUCCUAUGAGUGGAUUUCCACUCAUCCGAUUCUCCCUUUGGGGGAAAGGGCAAGAGAGGUGAUUUCUACAGAUUCCUCCUUGCUCCUGCAACCAUCUCUAUACUUGGAAAUCUUCAUUGUAGGUUGGGAAACCUUCUGGAAUGUUGGGGCUGGAGAGGGUAUUGGUUAAAAUCACCUGCCCCUUCCACCUCUGUUGAACUGGAACCCUUUCCAGGAACAGAAGGUUCCCUCAUGAUCUAUGGGAAGACAUAGAAUUGUAGAGUUGGAAGGGGCCACAAGAUCAUUUAGUCCAGCCCCUACAAUGCAGGAAUCUUUUGCCCAAAGUGUGGCUCAAACACAUGACCUGAGAUUAAGAGUCUCAUGCUCUACCGACUGAGCUUUCCCACAUGCCUUGUUCAACUUAGUAUUAAUAUAAAUGUGCAUCAGUGUGUGUGUUUACUUUUUUAUUACAAUGAUUACAAUUAUAGCAACGUGAAUAAAUUUCAUAUCAUGCAUAGAAUAUCCAUCAUAACUGUUUCCUUUGUCUAGUGUUGAUUCCAGUAAAGUGCAAAAGGAGUCCAUUUUUUCUGAAAUGUCUCAAUAGAGUUGAUUCUUUCAUCCCUUAAUUGUUUGUAUUGUAUUAUUUUAUUCACUACUAUUAAAUCCAAAAUUUUCUUCUUCAAAAACUUACCCAUUUCUUAGCCAGAUAGCUUCCAAAUCUUAUCCAGCCAUCUUUUCCAUUUUCCAUGCUUCUGCAAUCAUUAUACAAGCUAAAUCUACAUGAAUCACCAAGAUUUGUCUGUGCAUGUGUUCUUCAAUCUUUCUGUGUGUGCUUUUAUCUAUAAAAAUUUAUACUUACAACUGUUAACUUACAUGCUGUAUUUUGUUGUUCUUUUCUGCUGUAUAUGUAUUAAUACAAAACAAUGGAUAACAAUAAGUAAAAUGAAAGAUUACUCAGAUGUUAUCAUUGCGAGUACUAUGUUUACAGAAACCACAGCUCAGUUGGAGUUCUGUAUAAUGUGUUACAAUCAGGCUGUUAGUCCAAGUAAAUGGGAUUAUGUUGGCUUUGAUCCAAUUAUUCAGGUCUAGCAUGUUUUUGGUAAAUGACAGUUUCAGUAAAUAUUGAAAUAGUAGGCAUUUGCAGACUUGGAGAAGGACUUGUGCUUGCAUACUGUGAGUAAAACUAUAAUUUUGAACAUUGAAGAAAAAGUAUUGACAUAACCGAUAAGUUCUGUCUCUUUGUUUCUGUAUUUAAAUCCUUUUUUCUUUUGAAAAACCGGCAGGGCUAUCUAAACAACUGCAGGUUGCCUUGAGUAAUGACAUGAAAGGAAAGUAUUCAGCUUCAAUAUCCCAUUUGUAGUUCAAAGCUGUUCUUGCCUGCUGUCUUAUUGUUCUCCAGGUGGUGGUGCAAUAGCUACUUGGAACACCCAAAUGAUUUUACUGUGCCCUGCCUUUUUUAAAACAAACACUUCUCUUUCAUCUGAUGCAGUGUUAUGAAAUCAGUAAAUCAGGGCCAGUUCAUAUGCUAUGACAACAAUGUGAUUGGCGCUGCUGCAUGCUUGCAUCCCAUGUUGCGCUAGUAAUGGCUGAACUGGGAGAACCAUGUGGAAGAAACAUAUUGUGUGUCUCCUCUCCAUGUUGCUGUGGUUGAAUGAAAAGCAACAAUGACCUUUGCCCCUUUCCACAUGAUUUCUGUAUUUCAAACAGAUAUGCUGUUUGAUAUACAGAAAUAUUUGAUUUAAUAUUUGUUUCCUCUUCCUUGUUAAAGGAACUAGUUCCUAACUAGAGUGGGGGCGGCAGGGGCUGCUCCAGUUGGACUGUCUCCUCCACACCACAGAGUCCUCUUUACAUUUUAUAUCAUUUAUUUGUUCUGGUACUGGAAAAAUUGUAAACUGCUCUGGGUGCCUUUGCAGAAAAGCAGUAUAUUUUGUUCUAUUGGUCAGAAGUCACUUUGAGAAUCCAGGAUGUUCUAGUGGCAUUUGCCUUCCUGUGGGAAAGGCAGAAGUUAGAACCUGAGUGUGCUGUGUGUGACUUCGUUUUCUUUCCAUUAAUCCAAAGGGCCUCAGUCUCCUACUCCUUUAACGUCUGGGCAAGAAAAAGCAGGAACAAAAUACAACUGGGAUCCUUCAGUGUAUGACAAUGAGUUGCCUGUGCGGUGCAGAAAUAUCAGUGGGAUCCUGUACAAAGACCGACUUGGCUCGGGUAAGGUGUCUCUUCCUCUUUUUCUGAUCUGAGGGUGAUUAUAAAUCUUCUGUGCUCCUUCUUAAAGCCUGAGAGUCAACAGUGAGCAGUGUGGCUCAGCCUCAAGUUCCUGUGGUUGUGGCAGGCCGGAAUCUUGUUUUGUGAAGAACAGGGACUCAGCCCUUCCCUCUUCUCUGAUAAAAUCUGUUUUAAAUGUCCUCUGUCAGUUGUACAUUGGUUCUUGAACAUAAGCCGUUCCAGAAAUCAGUUUGACUUUCGAAAACCAAGGCGUGGCUUCCGAUUGGCUGCAGGAGCUUCCUGCACUCAGUCGGAAGGCGUGUCGGAGGUUCGGCUUCCAAAAAACGUUUGCAAACCAGAACACUCCCUUCCAGGUUUACGGCGUUCGGGAGCCAAAACGUACGAGUACCAAGGUGUUCAAAAACCAAGGUACAGCUGUACAGGGACACUGCAUGAGCGGAAUUUCCAAACUCCCCUCUUCUCCCCAGCUCAUGAGGUUAGGCCAAGUGCCUUCUCUAAGCCCUUGCAAGAUCUACAAAUAGCAGAGGAAGGCUGUUUCCAAGCUCAGCUGGGCCAUCUCUGCACAAAGCUAUUCUUAAGCAGGAGCUAAGCUUGUUGUUUUGCCCUCUUCAAGGUGGUCGAGGACGUUGCAUUAAACAAGGGGACACUUGGUACAGCCCCACUGAAUUUGAAGCUAUGGCUGGAAGAGCCAGCAGCAAGGACUGGAAGAGAAGCAUCCGCUAUGCAGGAAGGCCGCUUCAGUGUCUUAUUCAUGUACGGUGGACUCUCUUUCAUUUUUUCUUUUAUUUAUAUCCUACAAAAGUCAGAAGGUCAUUCCUCCCUCCCCCUCAUCCAGGCACAGAGAAACUGGGCACAGUGGAAAUCCCAAUUCUAGUCUCAGAAGAGUUGCAACUUGACUCCUGAAGGACCACCUGCACAUUUAUAGACCUGUAAGAUCACUUAGAUCAGUGGUUCCCAAUUAGGGGUCCGGGGACCCCUGGGGGUCCACGGAAUGCACCCAGGGGGUCUGUGACACCAGCCCUUGCCUCUCCACCAUUUCCCCCCCCCCCAUUUUUGCAUGGUAAUAUCACACAUUUUAUGGUCUGUUACAGCGCUGUGAUUUUUCAAUAUAUUGGCCAAAAUCAGUUUUGUCAUCACACCGUGAUAAUGAUUUUGACCAAGCAAUAUGCAGCAAUAUAUUAUUCCUUGCGCAAGGGAGAGCAGGGCAGCCAGUUUAAAGGCACCACCAAUAUCGCACGGUGAUCACCUGAAACAUGUUUACAUUUUUACUUUGUUAACUAUACAUUGGAAUCUGCUCUGGAUCAAAAUUGAGUAGUAUUCCAUGACACCCCCUAGCUACACUAGUGUAUUGACUUUUCAGAAUUUUCAAAAGUAGGGGGUCCAUGGCUUGGCUUUUAAAAAAUAGGGGGUCCUCAGUAAUUAACUAAUUGAGAACCACUGACUUAGAUCAUCUGGGGAAAUUCUGCUCAUGCCACCACACCCUGCAGAAUAUCAUAGGGUGGUGACCUGAAAACAGGCAUUUUCAGUUGUCCUUUUGUUUUAAUGAUAUGCACUGCUUAGAGAUUUUUGAAAUAUUAAGCCGCUUUUAAAUAAAAAUAGAAAAAGAAAAUGUUAAUUCACAAGUAAGCCCCACUAAUUGCAGUGGGACUUGCUGCUUGUUGUGUGUGAACAGGGCGGCAUCAGUACUGUAGUAGUAAUACGGUAGUAGUAGUAAUAAUAAUAAUAAUAAUAAUAAUAAUAAUAAUAAUAAUAAAUUUAUUUAUACCCUGCCCAGCUGGCUGGGUUUCCCCAGCCACUCUGGGCGGCUUCCAACAAAAGAUUAAAAAUACAUUAAAACAUCAGUCAUUAAAAAUAGUAACAAUUAGUAGAGAGAACAUGAAGAGAACAGAAUGAGAAAGAACAGAAUGUUAAUUUCCUGGGCAGGUGGCUGGGAGGAACUGCAGACUAGGUCUUCUAGGAGUAACUUCAAGAAGGUGCUGGGAACCCUGAACUUGAUCUUUUGCUUUGUACAGUAGAGCAUAGGAUGGGUCUCCAGGUAUAUUUUCCCCUGAUACUUUUCUUUCCUUUCCCCAAUUUAGGAUGGGAUAUUAAAUCCUCAUGCUGCCUCAUGCACUUGUGCUGCCUGUUGUGAUGACAUGAGUCUGGUGAGUGUGCAGCUGCUGUUGUAGAAACUGACGGGACUCUCUAAUGGUACACUGUAGUGCCGUAAGUUUAGGUUAUGAGCAUCUCAAGAAAGGAAUAACUGUAAACUUGAUGGAUCGAGGUGUGCUUUGCUUAGUAGGGAAAGGCAGAAAGGAAAGGUGGUCUUUUCAUAUGACAGCUCUUCACUGAGACUUCAUUACAGUUGCAGUAUCUGACUUUCUGAUGGAAGCAAUAUUAUUGAGGAUAAUUUAUCUGUCAACUUACUUACAGUGGUGCCUCGCAAGACGAAAAGAAUCCGUUCUGGGAGUCUCUUCGUCUAGCGGUUUUUUCGUCUUGCGAAGCAAGCCCAUUGACGGAUUAGCGGAUUAGCGCUAUUAGCGCUAUUAGCGGCUUUUAGCGGCGUUUAGCAGCUUAUCAGCUUAUCGGAUAAGCAGAUCAGCGGCUUAGCGACUUAGAAAAAGAGGGGGAAAAGGAAAAAAAAAACCCAGGAACUCGCAAGACAUUUUCUUGCGAAGCAAGCCCAUAGCAGAUUCGUUUUGCGAGGCACCUCCAAAACGGAAAACUCUUUCGUCUAGCGAGUUUUCCGUCUUGCGAGGCAUUCGUCUUGCGGGGCACCACUGUAUUUGAAAAUGCACAUUCUAUUUAUACAUAUAUAAGCUCUAAUGUUUUCUAAUAAAUUAAUCUGUCAAGUGGCCUUCAUUAAGAGUAAAUUAAGCUACUGCAAUUAUAAUCUGUAAGCAACCUGUUCAAAUGCACACCUCAGUAAGAACAUUUUUACUAUGUUUUCUAAAGAUCACAUGAGAUGAGUGUAGAGGCAGCAACAGAAAAAGGCCUGCUCUCUGAGUCUUGUGUGAUUGCACACCAUGAUAACUGUAGGGUCCUCUCCCUAGGACUGUCCAGAGCAGGGGUGGUGAGCCUAUGGGCCAGAUCAAGCCUGCCAGGCUAUUUCUCACGGCCUACUAGCCUCCAGAUCAAAUUUUACAAUGUCAAGGUGGAAAUCCACUGUGGCGGUGAAAUCAGUCAUCUUGUUUCCCUUUGUGCUACUGUCGCUAAUAGGUUGGAGUUCUCUGGAAAUGGGAAGGAAAGCUCUCAUCUGUUCCAGGAUUUCCUAGGAAAGGCUCAGGAAUUUUUUAAAAAAAGAUUGGGGUCUCUUUUCUGCUUCAGGAGCACUCUGACCUGCUAGUGAUGAUGGUGCAAAAGGAAUAGAGGUGCCUUGCUCAGCUGUGAUUUCACCAUUGGUAGGAGGGAGGGAUGGAUGUGGCAGUGAUCUUGGACAGGACUGGGGUCUGCUCCUUAAAACAUGUCUUCCUUUCCUCAAGAAAAUCACCCCCUCUUAGAUCCAGCGGAAAGGUGGACUUUCUGGCUAAGGAAAUGUUCCUUUUUUCAAACAAACCCUACUUUCCACAUUGUAAAGUAAAUUUGGCACUGAGUUCAAACACCGCUACCCACAAGCAUCUCUUUCCUCACUCUGGUAGCGCAAAUACAAUACUGUAAUGCUAAAUUAAAUAAUUAGAGGUGGGAUGCAACAUCCCACUAUGACAAGCGUUACAUCUGUGCAAACAUUUCAGCUUGUCAAACAGAAUGACCCCUAUCUCCUCCCACCAUGUGCUGUUUUGGCGAUUCUCCCAACCCUUCCAGGACCAAUUUCAGGAGGUGCAAGGGGGAAACCUGUUUGGGACUUCCACUGAUAUUGGGUGAAUCAUUAGGUGAAUCCCACCCUGAAUAAAAACCAUAUGCUGCCCUUGCAUGAUACCCCAAAUCAUUUGCUUGAGACACAGAGCAAGACAGUUUGACAGAAACAGCCAUGGCCGUGGCAGAGAAGCUCUGAGCACUGGUGUUUUCUGCUUGUUACCAGAGUGGUCCUGUGAGACUCUUUGUGCCCUAUAAAAGACGGAAAAAAGAAAACGAAUUGCCCACAACUCCAGUGAAGAAGGAUUCCCCAAAAAACAUCACUCUGCUUCCUGGAACUGCUGCUACUACUUGUAAGUCAUUUUUGGAAUAAACAGCCUUAUCAAAUGAAUCACAAUCGUGUGUAUAUACAUCCUUUGCAUGUUGUAAUGUUAAAAUAACUUUAUAAAAGUUAUCCAUAUGAAAUGUCCAUCCUCCUUUCUGCUUUCUCACUUUUAUUCAGAAAAGCAAGCAAUGCUGAGGAUUUUUCCUUCAGCAACCAGCAGAUGGUCAUGGUAUGCGUUGCAAUGGCAAACACAUCAAGGAAGUACUAGCAUAAUGUAUUAUCUAAAAUUUGAGUAUUUAGAUUAAGUUUUUAAUAUUACUUCUUCUGGAUUGUUUUUUCUGUCAGUGGUGUCAGAGGAGGGCUGUGUCUGUUUUUUUUUGAAAUGUAAUGGAAGUUUGACUAUGAGUUAGUGCAAGAGUGGCUGAGCUGUGCUCUCCAAAUGUUGCUGGAUUCCCAACUCCCAUCAGCUCCAGCCAGCGUAGCCAGUAAUCGAGGAUGAUUAGAGUUGUCUACAGAUAUCUGGAGGGCCACAGUCACCCCUGAGUUAGUGGGCUGGUUUCUGCAACUUGGAAGCAGAAAUGAAGAGACCUCUAGCUGAUUGGUAUUAGCAUUUCACUAAUAUCUGGAAAACGUUUCUACACUUUUUUUAGUCACUGUGACUCCUUCAGGACAGAUCACUACCUCUGGCACUCUGACCUUUGACCGUACAUCAAGCGUUGAGGCCACAGCUAUUAUAUCAGAAAGCCCAUCCCAAGGUGAUGUUUUUACUGGUACGUCUGGUAAGUAAAAUAAGUAAUUCACACAUGUAUGCACAUGUGAUUGGGAUACUUGUGUGGAAUUGUAGAUGCCUAAGGCUAACAUUUCAGAUUUAGGGAUCCAGCAAGCUGCUUCAGCCACUGUGAUAAGCCACAGUUUAUCCUGUGCAACUCAAACAAGCCAAAGUAUAGUUUGUUGUGUCAUUUGAACCUGGACCAUGGUUUGUUUCAAACAAACUGCAAGGGAUAAGCUCAGAAAUAAACUAAGGGUUGCUCUUGGUUAAUUUGUGCUAUACUGUUUGCUGUUUGUGGUUUGCUUGUUUCAAAGAAACCAUGGCAUGGGUUUGAAUGACAUGAAACACUAUGCUGUGGCUUGUUUGAGCCACAUGGGGGGACCCACACAGCAGGAGUAGAGGUUCAUGAGUAAACCAUAGUUUAAGACGAACUGGUUUAGACAAAUCUGGCCAAUGUCUAAGAAAAUUGGAAGACAGCAACUCAAAUGACUUUACACUGCAAUCCUAUGGAUGUCUACUUAAAAUAAAUCCUAAACUGAGUUUAGUGAGACUUAAUCUCAUGUAAAUGUGUAUAGGAUUAAUCUCAUGUAAAUGUGUAUAGGAUUACAGUUGAACAGUGGAAUCCUAGGGGAGUAUAUUCAGAAGUAAGCCCUAUUGAUUUCAAUGGGAUUUACUUCCAGGAAAUUGUGUUUAUGAUUGCAGCCUUUAGCAAUAUCAUAAUAAACAUUAUGCCCAAUUCACACAGGACUUUUUUUCCUACAUGCAAGCAGUCCUGGCCUGUACUGAGUCACAUACAAGCCUGAGACUGCAUGUAGUUGUAAAAUUGGGUAUACGAAUACAGAGAUCAGAUAACAGCAAUUUUAAUGAGUUGAAAUAUUUCUCCAUAUGAAUGAGUAUUGGCUUGAGACCACUGACCUUUAUUGAAAAGGUUCUAUGCUGUAAGGGUAAGUAAACUUAAUAAAACAUACUCCCCAUGAAAUGUCAACGUCUCAGAAGUGGUUGAAAAAUGGAUUUAGAUUUGAUAAUGUUUUUAAAAAAUUAGGGAAUCUAAGCAUUUCUGAUCAAAUUUUAGAGUGACAGGUCAGUUAAAGGGAUAAAAUUCUGGUUGUUUGCAUAAGGAUGCCUGAAAAUCCUUAGUAAGUCAUUUUGGAUAAGCAUUACUACUAUUUUUUUUUAAAUAGUAGUAAUGCUUAUCCAUUUUAAAGGAAAAACAGCAGAUGCUAGAAUUUUGGUAUUUAUUUAGAAUAAGGAACUUACUUAUCUGAAUUAUUGAUUGUCCACAUUCUGAAUUCCAGUUUUAAUCCUCCGUACUGAAGCUGAAACUUUAUGCUAAACUAUUAAAUACAUAUUUUCAGUCUUGCUUGUCUUACAAGAGAAACAAUUCAGCUCGUUACUGGUUGAUUGCUGUUAUGAGGGACCCAGCUAUUUAAAUAACACACUUUGCAAAGAAAAAUCUGUGGAUUCUAAUCUAAGUCUUCGCAUUGCUCUUUAACAAAGAGUGAUAUGAGCUCUUCAGUUCACAUUGUUUCCAGAAUAAUUCCAGCUGCUGCUCAUUCCUUUUCGUACUGUAAUCUUGCAUCUUGGGUACUCAUAUCAAAAGUGUAAAAUCAAAACCAAAUGAUGAAUUCUUUUCAUGAGUCCUGAUUUUCCUUCUCUCCCCCACCCCCCCAGUAGUACAAGACACAAACGUUCAGCAGCCUUGCCGGGUCAGACAUCCAGAGCCUCACUACCCAAGUUAUCAGGACAAUUGUCAAAUCUCCGCAUUCCCAGAAGCAGCACUGCCAACUUCUCAUCCCAAACUUGGUAAGUUUCAUCCCAAAGAGCUAAGUGAGAGAUCAGGCAUUGCAAUGGAAUUCCCCUUCCCCCUGUGGUUUCCCAGUCCGCGUUAAGGCAGUUGCCGGCCACCGUGUGCAGCUUCUGCCUCAUCCAGAGUGCCGUCUCCUCCAUCGCCCAGCGCCGCCCGUGUCAAGGCAGCAGUGGAUGAGGCAGAUGUGUAAAUGCUCCAUCACAUGCCUGCCACACCCGAUGCCUUGGCAUGGGCCGGGUGGGGUGGGCAAACAGGCUGCCUGUCCCAAAUGAGACAAGCAGUCCGCUCACAACUCCCCCUGCCAAGGCAGUGGCAGCAGCUAAAGCAGCAUCCGCCGCUGCCUUGAAAUGGGUGGGGGGCACAGGAGGAGAGAUGUGGGGCUUGUUUGUGCUUGUUAGCUGGGGGUGGGGCAAGAAGCUUCCCACUCCCCAGCUGAGCAGCCUCAAUCCUUCUUCUCACACGUGAGCAGGAGAAGGAUCGGGGCUCUCUCAAAUGGGGAGCGGGAGCACUUUAAUGGAGCCCGACCCUGCUGUUGAAUCGUGUGAGCCGGUGGCUAGUUGGGGGCUCCAUAAAACUGCUUGGCUGAGGCAAGGGCAGUGGUGUGCCCAUCACCUGAGCAGUUUAAAAAAGCGAGGGAGGAACAAGCUGCAUCAGCGCCUCGCCAAUGUAGCUUGUUUCUCCCUCUGCGCUGGUAUGAGGACAGAUCGUGAUGGCAGUUUCACUCAACAGUAUAUCGCUGGUGAAACCACCGCUGUUCCUGAGUCCCUCUGCCUCCAGCACCUCGCUGCAGCGUGUUUCUCCUCUGGGCACUGGUAGCAGAGGGACUCGGGAGGCAGCAGUUUCACCCAUGAGAUACCACUGAGGGAAGCCAUCAUUGCGGUCUCCCCCUUAGACCGGUCCUGGGCGAUACAUUGAUAUAUUGCCCAGGCCUAGUCUGCUUCAGGGAGUCCCCCCAAGUACCAGGUUUUGUGGGGACUGCAUUGGGAAGGGAGGAAAAUUCUUGUCUGCGCAACUGGAAACUAAUUGUGUAAGUGAGACAACUUAACAACAUUUCACCUUAGAUGCAUAUGUCAAUGUCAGCUUUCUUCCAUAAGGGACUAGUUUGAUUUUGAUGCGUUUUCGUCAAGUUCCCUUUUGGAAGUCAUAAAUAGCACAGCUUUUGGAGUUCUCGGUAUGUUUUAUAGUGCUUGCUAGCUAACCUCUCCACAGAUUGGAGGGGUGGAUAGGGAAUCAGGAGAAGGGUGGGGGUGUGUGAAUACAGUUUCAGAUACAAAUGCAGCAGCAUUGUGGCCCAAUACUUUAGCAGGGCAUGUGCUGAGUGUUUUGUUGUAUACUGGCCAGGAGACAGAUGUUUUGGAGGCUAGAGGCUUUGUGACCAGGCUUUUAUUGGGUUCAGACUGCUAACCAGCUCAAAUAUGGGUAAGCUCCUAGCAUUUCCAGCCACACUGGCUAAUCUUGUUUUCUCCUUCUCCAGAGGCUAGGAUCUAAACCAAUAGCUCCAAGUCACAAGAAAAGAGAUUGCUAAGGAGUUGUAGUCCAACAACAUCAGGAGGGCUAUAGGUUCCUCCCACUGCUUUGAUCUCUGUCUGAAUAGGGAAUCUCUUAAUUUGGUCAUCCCAGGGGAUUUAUGAAACCUGUCAGUUUCUGGAAUACAUUGGGGGCUGUUCCAGUGGUACCAUUCUGUUGAUUCUCUGGAAGAAACCUCGUUAUUGAUUCAACUGCAUUUGGACUUUCGCCCACAAGUCUGGUGCCAUGGUUUGUAGAUGAACUGCAGGCUGAGUAGCAGUUUUGGUGUCAGCUGAAGCACAUGGCAAAAACUCACACUGAGUCUGACUGAACAUGUCAUAGAGCCAUGUGUAGGCCUAUAAGGUGGUGGUGGUGGUGAUAGUAAAGGGGUUAUAGUUUCUCAGCACCAUGGCAUUAGCAGAAUCACAUCCAGUCGAGUUCUUUAGGGUUAUUCACUGAGCAAAGAAAGAACAGAAACCUCUGGUGGUGGCUAUGAUAUUGCUCUUAAUAAGAUUUUAUUUCCCUCGUGACCUCUUAAACCUUCCUUUUUCAUUCACUUCUGAGCACACUGUUGCGCAUUGGCUAUUCUAAAGAUCAAGUGCAUUAGAAAAAAAGCCCAUUAACAGGGCAUGACUACAGAAGUAAGAAACACUUAUGGAAAGAUCAGGCAAUCAAAUGUCAAGCUUUGUUCCUCAAGAAACAUAGUAGCUGAAAGAAAGCAUAGUAGCUGAAAGCCGUUGCUUCUGCAAAUAUAUGGAAGACAGGGAUGUUUUACUGAAUCAAAUUAACUACAAUCCUAUUGAUACAGUUGAGCAAACAUCUGUUUCAUUUACUAACUUAAUAAAAGCUUUGGGGUUUACAUUUUGAUUCUCUAAUUCAUGGCUUUAACUUUGAAACUUGCACCCAUUGCAGUAUGGUUAAAGUCUAAUACAUGCUAAAUAAUUGCUACGCAAGUUUGUAUUUAAAACGUAGUUAGCAUUUUUAAAUGAUUUGGGGGAACUGGAAGCAUACUUGGUGUAAAGACAUAUUAUUUCUUGCAGAGUUUUCUGGAUGAAAACUGGAAUUUUAAAAAUUUUUGAUCUGAUCUGUACACUUGUGUAAUUAUGCCUUUAAGGCUAUACUCCUACCAACAGUUGCCUAGGAGUAGGAUUGAACUCAGAGAGACUUGCUUUUGAGUAGACAUAGAUAGGAUUACAAGCAAAUAUUUGUGUCUAUAUUGUGACACACCUAACAGUGGGGCUUACUUCUGAGCAAACAAGCAAGAGUCUGACAUUUUCUGGGGGACCCUUUGCCAACUGCUCCUUUUGCGGCAUAAGUAUUGUGGGCAGCUGGCAUCACAAAGCAGGCAGCUUUGUUUCUUCUGUGGGGGCUUGUGUAGGGGCCCCAUGCAAAUACUGUUGAAAACAGUUGUGGCUUGUGUAACCACAGUGAGCUGAUUAGUUUCAGCUUGCGCGCGCGCACACACACACGUGUCUUUCCUUUGCAGACCAAGUGCUUCAUUGCUCAUGUUUCUGUACCCAUCACCACCCAACUUUUUUCAAUGAUGCAGCAGUGGAAAACAGUUUGACUUAAUCUCCCUACUCCUGGUCCCUCAACAAAGCUGUUCUAAAGCUUAUUUGGUAUUCAGCCCGUGUUCUUGCAUUUGCCAGAGGCUCAGAGCUGGUAACAUGAUUAGUGCAUGUCCCAUUAAAAGAUGCCAUUAAGGCUACAGUCCUGUGAACACUUUUCUGGUUAAGGCCCAUUGAACAUGGAACUUUUGCCUGAGUGAACAUGGAUAGGACUGUAUUGUAAAAGAAGUCCCUGCUGUCCUUCCGGGUUGCAAGAUGAAGUGGCUGUGUGUUGCUUCUGGGAAGACGCACAAAGCUCUGACUUUUGCUGGAUCUCUGCAGAAAGUGACUUCCAAAGCUUGGAAAGGGACUACUGAGUAUGCAGUAACACUUACAGUUUUGAAAUCUGUGCUUCUGGAACUCCCUCCAGGAACUUAGGUUUGCUAGCGGUAGGAAAUUUUGAUUAGGUUGUAGGUAAUUCUGAACCUCUAAAGGGGCAGAGAGGUGAACCAAAGCAGUUACAGACUAAAGUUGCUACUAUACAGUAGGCUUCCAACUGAACUUGAACCAAAGUAUCUUAAUGGAUUUAUUUUGAUUUUCAGUAUUGACCUCACUUCCUGCCCUGGCUGUGCCACCUGCCACCCCCACCAAAACCAUAUCGGCUUCCGUGGUGAAUGGUCUUGAAAUGACAGAGCAGCGGAGUUGGCUGUACCUUGAGGAGACGGUCAACUCCCUUCUCAGCACAGCUCAGCAGCUGAAGACUCUGAUCGAGCAAGCUAAGCAGGCCAGCUCUUCCUACAGAGAAGCUGCUGUCACUCAAGCAAAAAUUCAAGCUGAUGUGGAGAGGAAAGAGGUAACUAUGCUUGUGGAAUGACAACACAAUUCUAGCUCUAAAUAGGUCUGCAGCCGACUUGCUCAGGUGGCAAGUUGAUAGCCUUCACAGUUUCUUUUAUGCCAUAGUGGAAGGCUGCCUAUCAUGGAACUUCUUAAGUUUAGAUUGUACUCUUCAAUUUGAUGCAGAAAGUACCUGUACUUUGAAUGACUGGAGUUUGAUUUUAAUGAAAAUUGUAACACUGUCUUUAGCAAUAAUAAAACAACCACACCGUUUUUACAUCAAGAUCCACGGGUGUUUGCUAUAUGCCAGAACAGAUCUAAGCUGUGGUCCACUUUCACAGAUUCAAGCUGUAGGCAGAAUAAAUAAUCAUUGCAAUUAUUUUGCACAACUAUACCGUUUACUGCAUAUAGACAUUCACAGAAAAUGACAUUUUUUAUUUUUAUUUUUACAAGGUUGGGGUGAGUGGAGCAGGGUGAGGAUGGGAUGAAAAUGGCCAGCACAGGGGAAAGAAGCGAUGUAAUAGGAAUAGGUUUAGGAACUAUAAGGACACUAAAGCCCCGGUCACUACCUAGUUCUAACCUUGGUCUUUUGUCCAGACGAUAUGCGCACACUUCUAUGCAACCAUGGUGGCUAAAACUUCAUAGAGCCAGUGAGAUGCAGUGGACAGAGUAUUUGAAUCGCUGUCCUGGCUUUGGAGCAGCUAGCAGCCAUAAAAGCUUCCUAUGGGAAUGGGAUAUAAGACAUGUCACCCUCUUUUUGUACCAACUGUAUUGGCACCUAUUCAUUUCCAAGCACAAUUCCAAGUGAUGGUUUUUGACCUAUAAAGUCCUAAACAAGUUGGGACUAGGUUUCCUGAAGAAUCACCCUCCUCCAUAUAAUCCUGAGCUGAGAUAUUGCUGUUUCUUCAGCUGUCUGUAAGGUAACAGCAUGCACAAGGCCAUUUCUAUGCUAUCUGGAACUCCCACCUCCAGGAUAUCUGAAUGGCUCCUUCGCUGCUUGUGUUAGAAGGACAUUUUAACACUUUAAACAUGUAUUAAAACGCUUUUGAGCCCUCUAGGAUUUUACUGUUUCUUGUUUUUUUAUUUCACGGCAUGCCACUCUGAACUCCUAUGGAAUGGCAUAUAAAAAAUUAUUAAUACAUUAAUAAACAAAGGUCACUCAAUGGCCUUGGGCAGGGAUGUCAAAGGAUUGCUGACCAAAAAUCCCCCAGGAACCUCAGAGGUCAGACGUGAUGGUAGUUAUUAGACCAGGAGUGCAUUACCUUUUAGGGGCCAAUGGUCUCAUUGUCUUGUGGUCAACCACCAGGGGCAAAGGGCUGUAUGUCAAAGUGGGUGUGGCCAUUUUUUAAAAAACCAAAUCUAAUGUAAUUAAAUUGAUUGAUUGAAUAAAAUGAUAAAAUUUGGGGAAGUCUUGGGUAAUCACAAGAACAUUUUGGCACCACAGAAUCGCAGUAGGGGACUAUAAUGAGUAUGAGUUACUCGUGCGUAAACUGGUGCCUCUCUAGGCUGAUUUGCCUUGUUAAACCUUUCUGACUGCACAGCCCCUUCUGAUCAGGACUGUCUCAGUCACUAGCAGAAUCCGUCAGUGGGCGUUUCUUGAAUCUCUUCCAACAUAAGAGCUGUUUGACACCCAAUCGCCUCCGCCUCUCACUGCGCGGGAGCCUUCUGCGCAGGGUGGGCGUGGGUAGCGGGGACCUGUCCCCUCCUCACUGAGUUCCAGUGAAGAGUCCGUGAGCCCUCUCUCCGAUUUUCCCAUCUGCUCACUUUUGUUCCUGGUGUUGCGCUUAAAUGCUUCCCCCUCCACUGAGUCGCCUCACCCACUGCUGCUGGGUCCUUCUCCAGCAUCAUCCAGGAGCCUCCCCUACGCAACUCGCUCUGAUGUCAGUUCCCUGACAUCCACCUCCCCCAGAAUCCCCUCCACCCCUGGGCCGACCUGUGGGACCAACUCGUCCCCUUCGUCGGCCGAGGAGGCGGGAAACCCCGGAAGGAACUGUCACCAUCUUCCGUGGGUUCGAAACCCGCUUCCCAAUCGCUCUUCCACCUACCAACGGGGUGGUCUUCCCCGUCUGAUGCUUCUUCCUCCGAAACCUCUCCUCCCUCCUCGGAGUCAGAAAAUCCCUCAAAACCUCUUCCUCAUCUGUGGUUCCAAAUUGCUCCUCCCAGAAUCUCUCCAGGGGUUUGGGUUUGUCCGGGAACCGGUGGUGGAAUACCUCCACCAGAUACCUGUCCUCGACGGCUUCCGUGGGGACCCACGUGUUUUCGGACCUGGGUUCCCCUUCCCACGCUACCAAAUACUCCACCCGGCGCCCUUGCCACCUUGAGUCCAGUAUUUCCGUGGCCCUGUGGUGGUGUUCCCUUUCUUCUACCUGCGGGUGUGUGGUGACUUCUCCCUCUUGCCCCUGGAAUUCCCGCCCUUCCCUAUGCGGUGAAAGCAGGGACCUAUGGAAAACCGGGUGUAUUUUCAUGCUAUCAGGCAACCUGAGCUUAAAUGCCACGGGAUUAACUUGCUGUGUUACCUCAAAAGGUCCCAGCCGUCUGGGCUGCAACUUCUUGCACCCCCCUUUGAAAGGUAGCCCUUGGGUGGACAACCACACCCGGUCCCCACCCAUAUGGUCUCCCCUUCCCUGCGGUGCUUGUCUGCCUGCCUCUUGUAAGUUUCCUUGGCCCGCUCCAAGUUCAUCUUAAGUUGCUGGUGUAGGGCCUCCAUUUCCUCCACAAACUGCUCUGCGGCGGGUACGCUCCAGCUUUCCUCCCCACUCCCGGGAAGGCCCUGGGAUGACACCCAUGGUUGGCCAUGAAUGGGCUCAUUCCCGUGGACACGUGUUCCGCGUUGUUGUACGCGAAUUCAGCCAGCGCUAGUUUUUCUACCCAAUCGUUCUGCCUCUCGCUGACAUAGCAGCGUAGGUAUUGCUGGAGUAUACUGUUCGCUCUUUCUGCUUGCCCGUUGGUCUCUGGGUGUCUCGCCGUCGAGAAACCCACCUCCACCUGCAGUAAGCUCAUGAGUUUCCUCCAGAACCGGGAAGUAAAUUGUUUUCCGCGGUCGGAGAUAACCCUCAAGGGGCGCCAUGCAGCCGGAAUAUGUGCUCCACAAACAACCGGGCUGUUUCCUCUGCCGUUACAGCAUGUGAGCAAGCUAUAAAGUGGCACAUUUUUGUCAGUAGGUCGACCACUACCAUGACUGCUGUCUUUCCCCGGGACUUGGGCAAAUCUGUCAUAAAAUCAAUGGAUACCACCUCCCAGGGUUUCCCGGCGUGGGUAAGGGUUCCAGCAAUCCUGUGGGGCAGCCCGCUCCCCUUUGCCCUUUGGCAGCGGUCGCACCCCGUACAUAUUCCCGUACAUCCUCCCUCACCCUGGGCCACCAGAACUGCCUGGUCACCAGCAUCAUGGUUUUGUGCUGUCCAAAGUGCCCUGCUGUGGGGUUGUCGUGGAGUUGUUUGAGUACUUUUUCCCUCAGGGUUUCCCCCGGUACGUACAGCGCUCCCCUAUAGUACAGUACCCCUUCCUUCUCCUCAAACCCUUCUUGGGUCCCUCUUCCGUCUCGUAGUUCCCGGAUUUUAGUUUGCGCGAACACGUCGUUUCUGGUCAGCCCGGCUAGUUCUCGUUUCCCCACCAAAGUUCCCUCACACACCCAUCGGUCCUCGGGGAUCACGUGUCGUUUCUCCGGCGGCCCCUCUCCUUCCAGGUACUCCGGUUUACGCGAGAGAGCGUCUGCUCUUACGUUUUCUUCUCCGGGCACGUAGCGGAUUUCAAAGAAAAACUUGGAGAACUCCUGUGCCCAUCGAAUCUGUCUCUGGUUGAGUACUCGUGCGGUUCUCCAGUACUCCAAGUUCUUGUGAUCUGUGCAAACCUGGAUCUGUUGUUGCGCCCCUAUCAGUAGAUGACGCCAACGACGAAAGGCCGCGUAGAUUGCCAGCAGUUCGCGGUCAUACACUGUAUAGUUUUGCUCCGACUUGCUCAGUUUUCUGGAGAAAAAGGCACACGGUUUCCAUUCCUGCUUUCCCUUCCCUGGUUGCAAAGGACCGCCCCCACGGCUCUGUCGGACGCGUCGGUCUCUAGCCUCAGGGGUUUCUCCAGAUCUACGUGCAGGAGUUGCUCUUCCGAUGCGAACGCCUUCUUCAGUUUUUCGAAGGAUUGCUGGGCCUCUUCUGUCCACACAAACUUCUUUUUGCUACUGAGACAAUCCGUGAUUGGCGCUGUCAAGUGGGCGAAGUUCUUGAUGAACUUCCUGUAGAAGUUGCUGAACCCUAGGAACCUCUGUACGUCCUUCCGUGUCUUGGGAGCCUUCCACUCCAGCACUGCCUGCACCUUGCUUGGGUCCAUCGCUAAGCCUUUGUCAGACAACUUGUACCCCAGAAACUCGACUUCUCUGGCGUGAAACUGACAUUUUUCCAGCUUGACCCACAACUGGUGCUUCUGCAGUCGUUGUAACACUUCCCUGACGUCUCUAACAUGUUGUUCCUCAUUGUCCGAAUAAAUUAAGACGUCGUCCAAGAAGGCUACGCAGUUCUUGUACAGCAGAGACCCCAACACGUGGUGCAUGAAAGCUUGAAAGCAGGCGGAGCCUGACUGUAAUCCAAAAGGCAUAACUAAGUACUCAAAGGCACCUAGGGGUGUGAACAUUGUGGUCUUCCAUUCGUCCCCCUCCCUCAUCCUGAUCAAAUUGUAUGCGCCCCUGAGGUCCAGCUUGGUAAAAAUUUUGCCUUUCCUCACUCGCGUUAAAAUGUCGUCAAUCCUGGGCAUUGGGAAGGUCACGGGUUCUGACACCAAAUUGACAGCUCUAUAGUCCACUACGAGCCUGGGUUUAUUUGUGUCCUUUUUGUCCACAAAGAACACCGGACUGCCCCCUACUGCCUUUGAUUCUCUUAUGAAGCCUCUUUUCAGGUUCUUGUCGAUAAAUUCUCGCAACUCCUUCAUCUCCCUGUCUGACAUGGCGUACAGCUUACCCACUGGCAGCUGAGCCCCCGGAAGCAAGUUGAUCUGGCAGUCAAAGGGCCUAUGGGGUGGCAGUCUAUCUGCCUCCUUUUCGCUGAAGACCUCCCGCAGAUCUGCGUAUUGUGGCGGCACCUCCCCUUUCCGCUCCACCGCCAUCCCAGCCACCCUGGCCACGGUCAUUCUUGGGGCUUCCCCCCCUAGACAGUGUUCCAGGCAGUAAGCUGAUCCAAAGGUGACUGUCCUCUGAUGCCACGCCACCACUGGAUCAUGUUGUGCUAGCCAGCUCAUCCCUAAUAUUAUUGGGGGUCCUGCUAGCGAGGCGACGUGAAAGGCGAUGGUUUCCGAGUGCCUGGACACCCUCAUUCUCAUUGGCGGGGUUUGGUGUGUCACUUCCCCUCCUAGAAGCUCCCUGCCAUCAAUGGUGGUCACUUGCAAGGGAAAAUCCAAAGGCAGUAAGUGGAGCUGGUGCUCUAAUGCAAAGUCCUUGCUGAAGAAAUUACAUGAGCUGCCUGAAUCCAGCAUGCCUUUCACCUUGACUGGGUGCCCGUUUGGGAGUUCUAGCACCACUUCGAUGGCUAUUGCCGCCUUGGGGGGGUCUGGUUGGGGCACUUUUACUGGUGGCUGGCUUGGCUGUUGUGCCCCUUGAUUGGCAGCCAAGCGUUCUCGUUUCCCUGUUCCUGUUCCUUUACCACCUCCUCCUCACCCCCUGCGGCUCCCACCAUUCCUUGCCAAGCCUUUCUUUGAGGGCAGGCUCUGGCAAAAUGCCCUGGCCGCUGGCAAAGGUAACACCUUUUGGAGGUUUUCCAAUCCUUUCCCUCCUUCUUGCGCCCUUCGCUGGUGCUUGAAACUCCCGCGCGCGCGCCCCAUCUAUUUCCAUUGGCUCUGCUGGCGGGGAGGGCUGCCUUGGUAUUUCAGGAAUGCGGUAGUCAUGGCAACGUUGCUCUCUCCCUUCCCGCCUCUCCUGGGCCCGCGCUUCCUGGCGCGCGCCAAUCGCAAGCACAGCCUUGGUCAGCUGAUCCAUCCCCUGUGGGCGGGGUGCGCGGGAAAGUUCAUCCUUAACCGUUGGGGACAACCCCUCCUCGAAUAACAUCUGUAUGGGUUCGGAGCCCAGUUCCCACCCGAGGCGAUGAACUAUCAUGGCAAAGCGCGACCAGUAGUCCCUGACUGACUGGCUCCCCUGUUUACAGUUCAUCAAUUCCCGCUUAGUCACACUUUUUUGAACAUCAGUGGAAAACAUCGCGUCCAUCGCUUGGAAGAAUUUCCUCAGGUCCUGCAUGGCGGAAUUCUGCGUCGCCAUAAGGGGUCUGACCCAUUCUCUGGCCCCGUCCUGCAGGUGACCCACAACAUAUGCCACCCGCGCCGCGUCGUCUUCAAAAUCGUUAUGCUGCAAGUCCAAUGCGUACUCUAUUUCCGUUCUAAACGCACUGUAUUCUUGCGGCUUCCCCCCAAACUUGUGCACCAGUCCCGGUACCUUCCUUGCUAUGGGGGUGGGUCUGACCUGUGCAUCUUGAGACCGCCUUUCGUCCAGCCGUGCCGUCAGAAUGGCCACAUGCUGCUCCAAAUCUCGGUUCCUCUCCUCCAGCGUUUGCCCUCCAGCUGCUCCCCUUGGGCGCCUGCUUCUCCGGGCUUGCUCAUGAUGCUGCCUGCCUGCUGCUGCGCACGAGCAACUUUCAGGGACUGACGGAUUGCUAUAAUGAGUAUGAGUUACUCGUGCGUAAACUGGUGCCUCUCUAGGCUGAUUUGCCUUGUUAAACCUUUCUGACUGCACAGCCCCUUCUGAUCAGGACUGUCUCAGUCACUAGCAGAAUCCGUCAGUGGGCGUUUCUUGAAUCUCUUCCAACAUAAGAGCUGUUUGACACCCAAUCGUCUCCGCCUCUCACUGCGCGGGAGCCUUCUGCGCAGGGUGGGCGUGGGUAGCGGGGGACCUGUCCCCUCCUCACUGAGUUCCAGUGAAGAGUCCGUGAGCCCUCUCUCCGAUUUUCCCAUCUGCUCACUUUUGUUCCUGGUGUUGCGCUUAAAUGCUUCCCCCUCCACUGAGUCGCCUCUCCCCCUGCUGCUGGGUCCUUCUCCAGCAUCAUCCAGGAGCCUCCCCUUCGCCUCUCGCUCUGAUGUCAGUUCCCUGACAGGGACGAUAGGAGUGAUCAGUAAAUUUUUUUUUAAAAGAAUUUGGUGGGCAUUUGGGUGUGUGUGCAAAACAAUUGUUGUUAUCACCGGGAUGGGGGCGGCUAUGGGAGCAUUCAGUCAGUAAAAAGAUUUUUUUCAAAAUUAUUACAGUGGUGCCUCGGGUUACAGACACUUCAGGUUACAGACGCUUCAGGUUACAGACUCCACUAACCCAGAAAUAGUACCUCAGGUUAAGAACUUUGCUUCAGGAUGAGAACAGAAAUCGUGUGGUGAUGGCGUGGCGGCAGCGGGAGGCCCCAUUAGCUAAAGUGGUACCUCAGGUUAAGAACAGUUUCCGGUUAAGAACAGACCUCCAGAAUGAAUUAAGUUCUUAACCCAAGGUACCACUGUAUUAUUAUUAUUAUUAUUAUUAUUAUUAUUAUUAUUAUUAUUAUUAUUGGACAAAUUUGGGGGUGGGCUUUGAAGGUCUACAAAAACCCCUCCUGGUAUCACAGCAGGGGACAUACAGGAGUAGUCGGAAAAAUGCGGGGGGGGGGGAGUGGAAUCUACCCUACCAACCCGACACAGAGGGCAUUUGGGUUGUAGUUCAAAGACUGGUCAGCACAUGCCUUUUUUCUCCCUUGAUAGUUGCAUUGUCAGCUGAUGCCUUGCACGUAUCUCUGGGAACCGUGCCUCACAUUCCACCAAACACAGGGCUUUACAUUUGCUUCACAAUGGUUGCUUCAGCUAGCCCUAUACAUGCAGCAGAAUAAAAGGACAGGCUCCUGGUAACUUGAGGCUGCAGGCACAGGGUCUGCUGUUUUGAAAUGCUCCUUUACAUUAAAAACUUCCUGAAAAUGGAUAAUGCAUGACGGGCAAUGGGACUGGACUUGAACAUUUCUCCUGUGCAUUGGUGGGGAGCAGAGGGAAGUAAUCAGCAGUGGCAGGCACGCACAUAUUCCUAUUAUACUUAUAGACCCAGCUUAAGUGUGCAGAAGGCAAGUAAUGUGUGAACCAUACAAUGGCUUCUUUCCAGGAUAUUCAUUGGCUUAAACAUCUUGGUUAGAAGAAGACAGCAACUCAUGACCCGGAAAUUACGAGUCAUAUAUGAAGGAGAUAAUAUGGCCAUGUAGAUUAAGUUGUUAAUGAGCGGAAAUGAAACAAGCUGGUUUCAUAAAUGCAGGCAUUUAAUUGGUGGCAGAGAGAAAAGCUGCUCUUUUCUGUGCCAUGGAAGUCAUUUUCUCCUGUUUCAAUACUUGGAGAAUUCAUACCCGUCAAAUGUACUUUUCGGUUUCAUUUUAUCUGAGACUCAAAAAAGAAUUAAUCCCACCCUUUCCUGUACACAUAAAAAUAUACGGCUGUCAUUGCACAGCUCCCAUUAGAGGAUUUGCAGUGCCACAUCACAACCCUGGACUUGCAGCAAGUCAUGGUGGGAUAGGGGAGCAAAGGAGAAGGCAAGUUGCACAACAGCAGUGUCCAUGGCAUGGGAGUGAGGAGGUAGAGACACCAAGAGGAAAACUGUGGUUUUAAACAACAGAACAGAGUUUACAUUCAUAAGACCAGGGGUUCCUGCCAUGCCCUCCCCAUCGCUCUGGAUCCUCCUGUGCCCCCUGGAAAUCUGCUCCUGAGAGUUGGGUGGUCCUUCGAAAUGUGUGUGUUGGGUUGCAGGUGAGGGGAGAGGCUGCAGAUAGAGAGGAGAGCUGGGGGAAAUCACCCACCCAUCCCAACUGCAUGCAAUUCAAGAAAUAGAAGACAAUGUGCUUUAUUACGAUGGUGGGACGCAGGAGGCACUGUGGUCUAAACCACUGAGCCUCUUGGGCUUGCCUAUCAGAAGGUCGGCGGUUCGAAUCCCCGCGAUGGGGUGAGCUCCCGUUGCUCUGUCCCGGCUCCUACCAACCUAGCAGUUUGAAAGCAUGCCACUGCAAGUAGAUAAAUAGGUACCACUGUGGCAGGAAGGUAAACGGUCUUCCAUGCACUCUGGUUUCUGUCAGGGUAUUCUGCUGCACCAGAAGUGGUUUAGUCAUGCGAGCCAUGUGACCCGGAAAGCUGUCUGUGGACAAAUGCUGGCUCCCUUGGCCUGAAAGCGAGAUGAGUACCACAGCCCAUAGUCGCCUUUGAUUGGUCUUAACCGUCCAGGGGUCCUUUACUUACUUUUUUUUUUUACUAUUACUGUGGUGUUGCAUUACAUGAGGACUGUUAAAGCAAUAGUUUCCUCACCAGUCAUUCAUGAAAAACAUUUCUGCUACCCAGGCUGCUACCUGUUAAGUUAUAUACCAGCUUGAGUCUGAGGACAUGGUGUGUGACUGUUGUAAUUACCUUCCAGAGUUAUGUGCUUUAAUAAAACACAGUCAGAAACCGCUGUCCCGAAAUAUGAGAAAAAAGGUAGUUAGGUGACUAUUCAAUCUGACAUUUCUUUUAAACAUUCCUCUAUAGUAUUUGAAUUUUUCUAAGAUAAUUGAACAUUUCAUACAUCUAGGUUUUCUGAAGCGGUAAAUAAUGUUUAUAAUGUUGGGUGGAAAAAUCUGGAUCAUAUUUUAUUUCUGCCUCAGAGGUAAAAGCAUUUCAGGGAGGAGGUGGCACACAUUUCCCAUCCUGCUGCAGCUUGAUGUCGGCUUCUGCUGCAGGAUGAGAAACAGUCUUCUCUUGUCCCUCUUGUCAUAAUCGGAGCUUUGCCUUGGUGGCAGCAAGAGAUAGAUGUGCUGGCUUGCAUAGCUGGGCGACAACCAUAUUUGGCUCAACACACUGUGGGUUUGGGGGUACACUGGAAGAAACAGCCACAUCUUGCUGGGGGUGGGAGGUUGACCCUCCAGCCCAGCAUCCAACAUUCCUUGGAUAAAACUGCAUUUCUGUACAGCAAAUAGAAGCCUAAUAUUAACUGGUUUCACCAUUAUGGAUGUUCUAAAGGAUGCCUGGGAACUGUGCAUCUAGAAACUUCUGUGUCCUCCUGCAUCCUAACAGUGACCUAAAGAUUAGAUUAAAAAUAUGUCAAGGGAUCCUCUAUCUUCAAGAGCCCCAUAGCCCAGGAAAGCUUUUUCUGUCAGGGCUGCGAAAAUGCUUCUGGCAAAAAUUCCCCUUCAGUUCAAGGUUAAGGCUAUAGAUCUGUACCCACUUACAUUGGUUAGGUCUCAUUUAACUCUGAGUAUUUAUGCACAGGAUUGCACUGUUAGUCUGGAAGGGAAGUCUCAUGAGAGAGAGUGAUGCCAACUCUAGCACAGAUUAGUCUGCAUAGCACAGUUUGUGCGGAUUAAAAUGCCAAGCAUGGUUAUAUGUGGCUGCAGAGAGGUAAUUAUAAGGCGGCAACACGAUGACCCAAGCUUUUACUGUAUAUAUAUUGGUAUUUUAUUUUAUUUCUACCCCCACAUUUUAAGGCAAGCAUGUGCAAACCGGCUGAGGAUGAAAAUGUUGAGAGCAAUGCAACAAUAGAAUGGAUAGCAUAUAAUAACACAGCAGAGAUAACGUUAUAUAUAGCCACUAAUAAAAUCCAAUAAAGAAAUUCGGGAUACAAAAAAAGGUUUUAGGGUCUGUUUAAAAGCCACAGAGUUCAGCUCUUUGGCAGAUACGCAUUAAAAUGCAUACAUGUCACAUAUUUCCUUAGAGUUAACAGAAAGAAGUUCUAAUUGAGAUUCGGUUUUGUUUCAUGUAACGGACACCGCGCCCCACAAUCCUGAGAACAAGAUACAAAUAGUUAACUGAUACACACAGCUUGCUAUGUAAGUGUUCAGGCAUCCAAAGUUGAGGUACCCUUGACCUAAUGCCUCUCAUGGGCUUCUCUUGCAGCAUUUACAAUGAGGUCCAACACCAAACUUUCCCCCCAUUUCUUCACUACAACUCAAGGAUCAAGGCAUUUCCUUCAUAUGUACUGUGUUACCAUUCUUAGAAAAUAGCCUUACAAAAACUGGUGGGCAAACCCAUUCCUUGCUAAGCAAAGCACAACUUUUACAGAUUAUUUGUUCUGACUAGCAAGCUUUUUCUGAAGCAUAGAGACCUAUAUCAGGCCUUUAACAAUUUUAUUUAUUUUAAAAAAAUGUAUAUAAUGCUGUAUCAUAAAAAUCUAUCGCAGUGGUUUAUAAAAACAUAAAACUGGACAGUAAAAAUUAUUUAAAAGCUUCAAAUAAAAAAAACAAAAAAAAAUUAAAAACAAACAUCAGUAGACUAUUGUUAGUGUUGUACACAUCAUUGCCUGCAUAGGCCUGACGGAAUAGGGAAGUUUUUAGCAGGCUUUUAAAAGUCUGCACAGAAGACACUAUGAACAUGUAAGGCAAUGAUAUGAAUAUAUAAGCCAAAUUAUUAAUACCAAGCAGCAUCAAAUCUGGUGUUGCUUGGGAAUUCUAAGAAACCAACAAAUGAUUGCAGUUUUGAAAUCAGUGUAGUUUGGAAAGUUUCAGUCUGCCAUCUUGAUUCAAAAUGGCAUCCAAUUGUAUCCCAACAUGGACAAACCUGUUCCUUGAUCUCAGGAACCAUCAUGCAAAAUGGGGUUGCGGUAUCUUAAUAGGUGCCCAAGUGGAAAGUGAGCAAACAACUUUCCAAAAUAUAUAGUAGAGGCAGACACUACGACUUAGGAACAGUUAUAACAAUCAAUUGAGUCAUGACUAUCAAACCUGUGCUGGUAAUUGGCUUUACUUCCUAGGCAAAAAACCAAAACCAAAUCAUUUUUUUUUCUUGACAGUUCUUACUACACUUUAAUGGCAUUGGAAUACUUGGGAGUGUUAAUACUGGUAUCUAUGUUACACAGUAUUUGAAGGCUGAAAGCUGCUUCUCUUGGCUUAAAGAGCAAGUAUAUCAUAAAAAGUGUGAGAUUUCCAUCUUUUCCUCUCUGCCUAAUGUGAUUCUAUGCCAUGGUCAUUUUAUGUUCCUGUAAACUCACAACACUCCAGACCUUUAAAUGCCGUGAUGUCAGGUCAUAAAGAUGAUCUGAAAUUAAGCCUUUAAUCUGCUUAAGUAUUAGGUUCUACUCUUGGAUAAAUCUACUUUGCUUUAGAUUGUUUUUGAACUGUUCCUCGGGAGAUUUAACACCCUGGGCUGGUGUUGAAUCUAAUUUUGGCUAGUAUCUCCAGUCUUGAUACAUUUAACUUAAUUUAUUUAGCACUGCCUAACAGAGUUCUUGUGCUUAGUUUAAGGCUCUCUGGAGCUUGCCUGCAUUGUGAAUUUAUUAUGUGUUUCCAUGCUGAAUGAAGGGUAUAUAAAUAAAGGGUUUGGUGUGAAGGAAUAUUGAGUUAAGACCACGGAGGAAAGUGUUAUAGCUCAAAAAAUGUCCAUGUGAAAUUUUGCAAUGCAUUUUUGCCCUACCUUACGGCAAACCCAAACUUGUUCACCAUAGCAAGUCCCCCUAAUGAGCCAGCCCCCUCCCAAAGUUUAAGCCUUCCUGUGGGAUAACUAAGCCAAAAUAAAGAUGGAUCGCCCCCAUGGCAGUAGCACUCCUUCUCAUUAUAAGCCUGUAGCAACAUGAAGCUUGUCAAAGGGAAGCAGGUAGAGCAAAGAAAGAGUUCAGGAGACCUCAAAGCCUACUGCUGCCAAUCAAUCAAAUGUCUGGGGCGGGCAGGGGAGGAAGAGGACACCAUAUGUACAGGUUGUCUGGAUAUAAAGACAUUCUUCCAAGAUUAGCAAAGCUACAGACAUAUCCAUUUCCUUUUUUAUUUUUUCUAACUGGAGGUGGGAUGGUGGGGAAGGAGAUUUUGUGGAGUAAUGGAGAACUGGAAUUUAUGCAAUUUUCACACCUAAACUUCCUUUACCAGUUUAACUGCACAGUUUUAAAGCAGGGGAAGGGAAUCUGGAGGCAGUUUGUCCACCUUAUCCAGUGCUCUGCCGGGCUGUCCUUGGCAGAUGGGAAGUGAGAGCAGUGGAACACUCUCACGCUCCUCCAUUCUUUUCUUCUUGAUUUUUUAAAAUUAACACAUUGUGUCCCAACUACUGGAAACAAUGGAAGAGAAGUUAAAACGCUUUCCCCCCAAUGCUAGACUACUAUUGGGAUCCUUGUGGUUGCCUUCCUGCAUCUUAAGGUUUUGAAGAGGUUCCAGACAAGGCAAGUUCAGGAGGAGGGUUUUAUCCCUGGCCCUUUCAACCAAGGGGUCACAUGUAGGAAGGUGAAAGAUCCUGGAGAGAUAGAUUCCAGAAUUGCUGCUGGCCACCAUUGUUGGUAGUGAUCUACAUAGAGCCUGGUACUAUGGCAAUGCCUUGUAGCAUCUAAACAACUUUCAGCCAAUGAAUCAAAGCUGGACCAACAAGUAGAAAGCUAACAGUCAAUUUCUGUCUUCUGUGUCAUGAUGUUGCUUCCCAUGCUUGGCUCUUUAAUGCUAUUUUCUUGUUCUUGUUCUUUUUAUUUUAUUUUGUUUAUGCAUUUUUACAACUUAUAUAUACACAUCAUACAGUAUUCACCAUUAUCUCUUAUCCUCGGACUUCCCAGUCCAUGGGAUUCUAGGUAGUCCUUUGUCAGAUGCAAUUAUUCCACCCCUUUUCAUCUCAAAUCUUCCUUUCUUUAAUGUUAUCUGCUGCUCGUAUGUUUAUUACUACUCUUAGGUUAAAUUAUACCCUCCCAGAUACUCUUCAAAGCAACAAAGAAAGGCAGGGAUAUAACAACCAAUAUAAAAGAAAAUAAACUACAGGCUAAAGAUAGAUUACAGGGCCCUGAUAUUGAAAGAAGAGCACCAACAAAAUUAAUAUAGUAAAAGCUGAGCUUCAAACCUAAAGGUGGAGCUUUUAAACUACUGUUUUGGGUGUCUCCUACACUUUCAAAGAGCAAUAUAAACCAGAGAACGGUGAAUCUAAGUACUUAAACCAAACUAAACAUAUUAGAAUGGCAGGAAGAAAAGUGGGAGCACCUGGACUCCUUAGGGAGAAGAAGAUAAAGAUAAAUCUUGAAAUUCAAAUUAAUAUUAAUACUCUUUUUCGUGUUCUGAAGUUUAUCAAAUUGUGUCCAAAUUAACAGCUUUUGUGAGUGCAGCACUCUGUCAGCAGCUUGUUUGGACCCCCUUGUGAUUCCUUUCUCGCACACACACACAAACCUAGGUACCUGCAGCUUUCCCCCUGUGGGGCAAAAAUCAGCUUUUAAUCAGGUGAUAUUAAACAGCAGGUUCUCUCCUGCUGCUGACCAAUGCCUUGGCUCCAACCAGUAUCAGGUCCCUGCAGCUUCUAUUUACUUUGCAAAGAUUGCACAGGAGAUCCUCAUCACAGCCCUUCUGCAUCACAUCGAGUUCCCUUCUCACAGGAGUGUUGUUGUUGAACAGAAAAUUACAUAGCAGCAGAACACUUCAGUGGAAUCAUUUAACUAUGCUCCAAAGAGCAGCCUGAGAUGUCUAUAAAGCUGAAGUUUGCAAUGUCUUUUUCCUUUUAGCAGUAUCAGGGCCAGUUAUUUCAACAAGCUGAAGAUGUAGAUGGAAAAACAGAAAUCAUCAUUAAGGUAAGCACAAGGCACUGCUGUCAAACAGCAGGUCAGGAACGUUCUGUUCUGUUCUGGUACAAUGUUGUCAUUGUCUGUCAAUGUUAUGCGUUUCCAGUUUUGGUUUGCUCCCCGCCCCCCAAUCCCCUGGUGGUACAGUGACAAAGUCUACCCCAUGACUGUUAGGGUGCCUUCAUCCACUUACUUGUGGUGGCCUUUGGGACAUUCUGUUAUUCUGGCUCCAGUAUCAUGAUGCUCUGCUGCCAAGACCACUGGCACGGUCAGAUAACACAAGCACAACUGGGAAUUCCCUGGGACGAGCUCUGAAAUGGCUGGUGCUCUUUGCCUCUUGUAGCAGGCUUUGGGUCCCCGCUGCACACAUGUAUGCUCAAAGUGUGCAGCCUCUUUCAAAUAAUGCCCUUUGAAAUUUGGGUGCAGUGUAGAUAGCAGCACCUCCUGGCGUGAUGUAGCACUUGAUGAGUAUUGCGUUUUUUGCUUCUGCAGUUGCAUGGAGGCUAAAACAGUGUCUAUGUGUCCUGUUUCCGACUCAAAAGGAGGGAGCUCCAUCCAACCACUCCUUUGUGCAUCCCACUGGCACUCAAGGUGGCAGAGCGGGAGAUGUCUGUGCAAUACUUUCCAUUCCCUGAUCAGAGAACAUCCCAGUUGCUUCCUUCAGUGUAGAUCCCACCCAAACUCACAGCUCAGCAAGGAUGAGGCAGCAGGCUGUUCUGCGGCUCUUGCAAGAGACAAAUGCACUAGGGUGGGGGGCUUAUUUGGAUUAGAGCUAGGGGUGUGUGUGUGUCAUUCUUUCUUUACAUUUUGCCCUGAGAGGCAAAGAGCAGAAUUAAGGCUGUGAUGCCUAUCAGGAAAAUGGUACAAGGGAGGGUGAGUUUGAAGCAGCCCACCCAACAUUAUAGCUUUGAUCCAGAUUGGCAGGCCUCUAUAGCUACAUUUGCCUUUUUAGAAAACAUAGGCAAUCCAGUCUCAGGUCUCCUGCUGGCACAUCUACUUUGGCCCUAGUCCCAUAUGCUGCUCCCACGUAUAUCAAACCUUGUACAAGCCGCAGUGUCAGGUUGUCAAUGGCUUGCGUACACAAGCAGUUACUGCCGUACCCCCCACUAAAAUCAAGGUAUAUAAUUCUCUGGCACCUGUUAUAUUUCAAGAUUUGCAGAUAAUUUGCAGGCAGAUGGUGCAAACAAAUUAGGUGAUAAUGAGAGUGUGAAUCAGUUGGGCCCGAAAGCUAGCGGAUCCAUCUGCACUAAAUAUGGCCUGUGUUAAUGCUUUCACAGCAUGUCAAUUUAUUCACUGCCAAGAAUCCCUUCCUGCGCUGGCCUCGUUCAAUUAUACCAGGUUGCUAAUCACGCCUAGGUAUGAGCUAUAAGCAGAUUGAGCUGGGAAACAUUCCUUGCGUCCUUAUUUUUGUUCAGGUUUUGAACGAGCAACCCCAACACGUAGAGCUUGCUCACUUUAAUGGGAUCUUAUGAACCAAAGGACAUAAUGACAGAUCACCAAAGCAGUGUCCCAUUCCCCCCUGUCAGUUGUAUUAAAAGUGUUGCCUGAGGAUUUAAUGCCUGUUUUUAGGUGAAUGAAAAAAAUGUAGUUAUGAUCAAUCAAUUCUUAAUUCUAAUGCUUCCUCACAGCUCUCCCCCACUCCCACCCUCAUCACCUGUUCUUACUCCAAAUAAAAAUCCUGGUUCUUCCAAGUGGCUGGCAAAAGGCAGAUUCGGGGGGGGGGGGGAGGUCUAAUGCAGAGCCUUCAGCUUAAAAAGUUAUGCCUCUCAGUAUUCUUAUUCUUGAAGGAUAUUCUCCCAGUUUUUCAGUAUUGCAGACCAGGGAAAGGUAUAUGGUAUGCUCAAGGUGUUGUUGGACUACAACUCCCAUCAGCCCCAGCUGGCUUGGCCAAUGGUCAGGAUUGAUGGCAGUUGUAGUUCAACAACAUGUGGAGGGCACCAUUUUGUCUCCCAUUGUUGUAGGCUCUUGUUACCUCACUUUUCAAGAACUGUUGUUCUUUUAUUCACAGUUGAGCACCAUAUUGUUUUCAUGAGUUUUACUUAUCUAAUUUUUUAUUUAUUUACCCCUUUCCAUAUUUGAGCUCUCUCAGCACAUGCUUGUGUUUCAUAGCCAGAACUAGCAGUGCUCAAGAGUCCCCAAGAGCAAGUUACACUGGGGAAAAGAAGCCUGAAGAGGUCAUUUUUUUAAGAUUCGCAUUUCUGAAGAAAAAUAAAGGAUGGGUGAUGACAAGGUCAAUUCCUCCUGCUCUUUGGAAACCUAAGCUGUGAACCUGCAACCCAUCAGCACACAUUUCCCUUACGUGAUGUUGGCUUGUUUUUCUCUCACCCCCCCAACUUUCAUUUUCAUCAGGAAACAUAUAUAUAAAUCUUUUCCUGGAACUGGUAUUUUGAGUUGUGAAGUAAAGUAAUUCAUGAAAUGAGCUUAGAAAUAAUGAGAGCUAAAAAAAUAAUCAGUUGGGACUUUGUGCUUGCCACUGUUUUCUGCCUUCCCCACAAAUGGCCAUGCGGCAAACUUUUCUGCAUCCAUCAUCAUUAGAGACACGAUGAAAGCAGGAGCCUAAUGAGCUCUCUUAUGGGCCGUCCUGUUCUAUAUAUCAGGUUCAGGCUGCAGACCUAAACACGUGUACUACAAAGUGGGACUUUUUUCUUUUCUUUUGAGUCAUAGACACAGUCCAUUUAUUUAUAUACAGCAUUUCCCACAAAUCCACCUGUGCUCAAAGCUGCGGAUAUAAAAAGCAAUCUGAAACUCAGUCACACAAUAACAGUGCAUCAAUUGAUUGAUUUAAGAAAAUACAUACAGCUAAUUCAUUAAAAAAAAUAAAUUCAAAGUGGUUCACAACAACUACAUAAAGCCGUACAAUUCUUACUUAUUUUACAUAUUUAUGAUAUUUAUAUAUCCCACUUUUUCCUCCAAGGCUCACCCGUAAACAUUUAUAAGGUUGCAGAAUUUGCAUGAAAUGCAUUAGCUCUUGAAACCUAUAAUCAAGUUAUAUUUUUAAUACGCUAAAACUGCUUGAACAAUUCUUGUUUAUGCAAACCUAUCCAGUCAUACAGAAGUUACACGUGUUUGAUUUCUGUUUAGCUAGAGAUGAUUUUAACCUUUUUAAUAUUUCUAAUACCAUUUUAAACUGUUUUCAUAUAGACAAUAAUAAGGCUAUCAAUGGCUACUAGCCACGAUGGCUGUUCCACCUCUACGGCCAGAGGAACUAUGCCUCUGAAUGCCGGUUGCUGAGUGUUGCAGGAGGGGAUAGUCGUCUCACGCUCAGAUCCUGCUUGCAGGUGUCUCCACAGGCACCUGGUUGGCCACUGUGAGAACAGGAUGCUGGAUUGGAUGGGCCAUUGGCCUGAUCCAGCUAGCUCUCCUUAUGUUCUUAAAUUAAUAAACAUGUUUAUUCAUAUCUAACCUCGUUUUGAACCGUAUGUGCAUUUGAAGACGUAUUGAGAAAUACUGCUUUCUGCGUACACGGAAUAUUAAAGAAGAUAUGGUAAAAAUCCACAGUUGGUCUGUUGUAUAAACACUUGAAUAUCUUUGGCUACAUUAGGUUUUCACAACUGUAAAGUCAGAGGUAUCCCUCCAAGGUGGAAUCUUGUUGUUGUUGUUGUUUAGCCGUUUAGUCGUGUCCGACUCUUCGUGACCCCAUGGACCAGAGCACGCCAGGCACUCCUGUCUUCCACUGCCUCCCGCAGUUUGGUCAGACUCAUGUUUGUAGCUUCGAGAACACUGUCCAACCAUCACAUCCUCUGUCGUCCCCUUCUCCUUGUGCCCUCAAUCUUUCCCAACAUCAGGGUCUUUUCCAGGGAGUCUUCUCUUCUCAUGAGCUGGCCAAAGUAUUGGAGCCUCAGCUUCACGAUCUGUCCUUCCAGUGAGCAUUCAGGCCUGAUUUCCUUAAGAAUGGAUAGGUUUGAUCUUCUUGCAGUCCAUGGGACUCUCAAGAGUCUCCUCCAGCACCAUAAUUCAAAAGCAUCAAUUCUUCGGCGAUCAGCCUUCUUUAUGGUCCAGCUCUCACUUCCAUACAUCACUACUGGGAAAACCAUGGCUUUAACUAUACGGACCUUUGUUGGCAAGGUGAUGUCUCUGCUUUUUAAGAUGCUGUCUAGGUUUGCCAUCGCCUUUCUCCCAAGGAGCAGGCGUCUUUUAAUUUCGUGACUGCUGUCACCAUCUGCAGUGAUCAUGGAGCCCAAGAAAGUAAAAUCUCUCACUGCCUCCAUUUCUUCCCCUUCUAUUUGCCAGGAGGUGAUGGGCCCAGUGGCCAUGAUCUUCGGUUUUUUGAUGUUGAGCUUCAGACCAUAUUUUGUGCUCUCCUCUUUCACCCUCAUUAAAAGGUUCUUUAAUUCCUCCUCACUUUCUGCCAUCAAGGUUGUGUCAUCUGCAUAUCUGAGGUUGUUGAUAUUUCUUCCGGCGAUCUUAAUUCUGGCUUGGGAUUCAUCCAGCCCAGCCUUUCGUAUGCUGAAUUCUGCAUAUAACUUAAAUAAGCAGGGAGACAAUAUGCAGCCUUGCCGUACUCCUUUCCCAAUUUUGAACCAAUCAGUUGUUCCAUAUCCAGUUCUAACUGCAGCUUCUUGUCCCACAUAGAGAUUUCUCAGGAGACAGAUGAGGUGAUCAGGCACUCCCAUUUCUUUAAGAACUUGCCAUAGUUUGCUGUGGUCGACACAGUCAAAGGCUUUUGCAUAGUCAAUGAAGCAGAAGUAGAUGUCUUUCUGGAACUCUCUAGCUUUCUCCAUAAUCCAGCGCAUGUUUGCAAUUUGGUCUCUGGUUCCUCUGCCCCUUCGAAAUCCAGCUUGCACUUUGGGAGUUCUCAGUCCACAUACUGCUUAAGCCUGCCUUGUAGAAUUUUAAGCAUAACCUUGCUAGCGUGUGAAAUGAGUGCAAUUGUGUGGUAGUUGGAGCAUUCUUUGGCACUGCCCUUUUUUGGGAUUGGGAUGUAGACUGAUCUUCUCCAAUCCUCUGGCCACUGCUGAGUUUUCCAAAUUUGCUGGCAUAUUGAGUGUAGCACCUUGACAGCACCAUCGUUUAAAAUUUUAAAUAGUUCAGCUGGAAUAUCAUCACUUCCACUGGCCUUCUUAUUAGCAGUGCUUUCUAAGGCCCAUUUGACUUCACUCUCCAGGAUGUCUGGCUCAAGGUCAGCAACCACACCACCUGGGGUGUACGAGACAUCCAUUUCUUUCUGGUAUAGUUCCUCUGUGUAUUCUUUCUAAGUGGAAUCUACACACAUAUAAAAAAACUUUCUGAAAAUGUUUUUUUUUAAAGCGUUUUUAAAAAUACAUUGACUUUUCCAUUAGGCUCACCAUUGCCAUCUAGUGUCACAUUGUAUGUUGCGCUUAAAAUACACUUAAAACAUUUUAUUUUCAGCUGAGUCCCAAGUUGACUAGUAUAGCCUUGGCUUCCUUGUGGUCCUUCAGAAAGACAGGAGGGGAAAAGUCUAGGGAACUGAAGUGGCUGUUUAAUCCUUCCAAGGGCUCAGUUGCUGUAGGCAAGAGUUGAUUAUUUUUUUUAAAAAAAUUAAGUAUUCCCUACGCAGGACCUCUGUAAUUGUGCAUCACUUCUGCCCUUUAUCAUGUAUCUCGUACUAUUAAGGCUUUACAGGAGAGAGUGCUGCUUUCCUCCCCAUUGACUUAGCUUCUGUGUCUGCAUUGUGACAGCAAUCCUGUGUAAACUGUGGUCGGGAAGCAAUGAACGAGUGCACUGGCUGCCAUAAAGUCAAUUACUGCUCAACGUUUUGUCAGCGGAAGGUAAUAAAUUCCUUAUACUCCGCAAAGCCAGAGAAACAAACACCCAUGGCCUCUCACUUUUCAGCUGUCGCCACUCAUUUAUUUCACUGGGCCUUGAUUAGAAGGGCUGCUUGGUAGAUUCCUUAAAGAAAAACCCACCAAUCUGAAGGACCUCCUGUCCCCAUGUGAACCUACCCAAACAUGAAGAUUAUCUAGUGAGGCCCAACUGGCAGGUUUCAUUAUCUGCUGAAAAGCCCAUAGCUUUUGAUGGUAGCCCGUUUAGCGAACAAUCCCCUCCCUAGUUUUAUUCCCUGGCUCUUAUCCUUUUGGAGCCAUGUUAAAACAUAUUUUAGUUACUCAAGUCUUUUCAUUUGGUAGUUUUAGGGCUGCUUUUAAUGUUUGAUUUUUUUUUAAGAUGUGGGUUUUUAUUGAAUUGUUGCAAAAUUAUUGUUUUUAGUUGGUACUCUUCAGUUUCCAAUGAGAAAAUGUUUUUUGGAGAGACUGGGUAUAAAUGGGAUUUUAGUUCCCUUUUGCUAAGUGAUAUUAGGAUUCUGGUGUAUGUACUGGGGGAAUCUUAAAGCAGAAUGUCACCUCAUAAAACUAGAAUUCCACAGCCCUUGUCCAGUGUUGCUACAUUUUUCUUUUACUCAGUAACUGCUUUCAUUUCACACUCUUUUCUUUCUGCCCCUCCUGUUCAGGAUUGGAAAGACCACCAGCAUCUAUGUGGCCAGGCAGCCACAGUUACUGUUCAGGCAGAAGAAGUGGAUGUUGCAGACAAUGUGAUAGAGAAAGUUAUUGUCUGAAGAGCCCCGCCUCUUCCAUCUAUAUGGACAUGUGUAGGGAGCAGACUGGCUGGACCAGUAAUCCCGCUGUGAAGUCCUACUGAACUGAACACAUCAGAAGAUCAAACAGUGAUGUUGUUUACAUGUUGCUGUUCUCUAACUGUGCCAAAACUGACAAGACACAGACAGGAGAACAUUUAGGGGCUCUGCGUGUUUUAAAGAAAACUCUGGAACUUACAUUAUGUUUACAGUCCUCUGUGUGAAACCGCUGCAAAGCUGAUGGGUAGUUUGAAUUGUUGUAUCCUACAGCUCUGAUGGGUGCUUUGAAGUGACUUAAAAGGUUCUUUAAAGUGGUUUAUGAGACCUGUUUUCUUCUGAUGUUCCUCCAAAGUGGCCUACAUGAAACUUGAAUUGUUGCUAUUGUUGUUCUCUCCCUACCUCUCAUGUAACAAAAUGAAUAUGGAACAGCCCGGCCCUUCAGUGGGUUUUGUGUGCUGACAUUAGGGUAUAUACCUGGACUUCGACUCUAUCACUGAUUUUAGUUUUGGUUGUUGCAUUCUUCCAUCCCACCCCCUGCAAGACAAAGUUCUCCAACAUAUUCAGAAUUCUGUAUCGUGCAGGUAUUGAGCAAACUGCAAAGCAGUCAGAAAACUUCCUGUAGCAUUCACUCUGAGUGCAAAUGCAAAUCUGUGGUGUCUGAACGGUUAUAAACAAUUGAUUUGAAUGGCUAUAUAACAGUUGAUUUGUCCAGUAUCACCAAAACUUUGAGAUUAUAGCACAGCUAGACCUAGCCAAUUCACACGCCUCACAUAUAAAAGGCCAGCUUGUCUUGCACAAAACACCCUAUUAUUUACUCCUGAGGAGAAACUGAGAAGACAGCACUGUGUCUACGGAGGUCACUAUUAUUUUAAUUUUCACACAUCUCAGUUUGUUUUCCACCCCCACCCACUUCACUCCAUAAAAUAAAUGAUAAACCAUUCUCUCAUAUCUCCCUGCAAGAAAGAGCUCAGCAUUAAUCAGUAAUCAAAUCAGUAAAACAAAUACUUUAGAAAGAGUUUACAGCUCUGAUUUCGUGCUGCCAGAAAUAAGCGAGAAGGUGCUAUUGUGCGUUUCACUUUAUUCCUGCAAGGGAAUUGAUUUGAAAGCAGCACCUUCCUGAGUGUUAAAAUUGCAGGAUAUAAAAUGAGCAUUGGUUUUAGGCCAUAUUCGUUCGUAUAAAAGGAAGAACGUUUUUGGGAGCCGGAGGAAUGAGAGAAGCACAAUAAAAUGUUGCUGAUAUUGAUAGCACUUGCCAUUUUCUUUCCAGUGUCUGCCCUGGUCCUCGUAUUUAUUUAUAAAUUUGCAUUAUACUUAAAAAUAAACUUAAUAAAAUAAAUAAAGAGUGGCCGCGCACAAUCAGAUGCUCCCCAAAUAGGGUCGUGAUGACUUUUGCUUCAGUGCAGCAUUGAAAAGCAUAAUGUUACUCUGGCAUUGCAAAGACAUUCACGAGUGCUUUGCAAAUGCAUUCUAUAUAUAGACUUUCAAUUGCACUUUGGUGUAAUUUUAGGGAGGAAGGUUGUUCUUGAUCAUGCCAAAUAACUGUUGCCAAAUUUCCAGUCCUGGCUGCAAAGCUUUGAAAACUUCUAAGCAAUGAAACAGCCCAUCAGAAAGUCUUAAAUAACAGCCAAAUAGUGCAUUUUUCUUUCAUCCAGGGAAAUCAGAGCUUUAAAAAUCAUGUCUCUGCAGUAAAGGAAUUUUUCUUGCUCCUUUUGCAGGUUAAAUGUAAUGAGCAGUAUUCUCCUCAGUAGAAAGUGUAAAGUAAGAGGAACUUGUGUCAUCACUAUUUUGGUCCUUAUGCUGAGAGUAAUACAGUUUAUAAUCAGAAUGUGGGGAAGUUAUACAUCUGUGUGUAUUUGACGCACAUCCCACACAAGAGGAAUGCUUCAAUGUCACCUUGUCCAUUUUGUGUUGACCACUCUUAGGGAUAUACAUGGCAAUAACAUUACCUCGGUCUCCAUUUCAGUGGGGUCUUUUGCAAGAAACGUUGGCUUGUGUCCAGAGCAGUUUCAUGAUUAGCAGUCAAUGUGAGCAAGCAGUAUGUCUCUGGUGUGAGAGGAGGAGGUAGAAACUAGGAAAUGCCCUUAAUUUGGAUAAGGUAGGAGCCUUGCUCUUCGAACUAGAAUGUGAACUCAUGGGCGAAUGGGAAAGAUAUCUGCAAAUGCUUUCAGCAGGUGUCAUCACUUUGUGGUGAAUCUUGAGGCUAAACUGGGCCUGUGGUCCCAAAUCACAAGGCAAAGGGCAAGAUGGCAUCUGCCCAGUUAUAAAAUCAAACAAGACUAGCAGUUGAAACUUACUUGAACACGGAGAGUGGGGCAGCAUCCUCUAUCACACCUGGGACAGCAGGCUGUCAAGUGUUUGAUGGUGGGGAGAAAGAGGGAAUGGAAGAGAAGAGAGUAGCAAGGGAGGAACGUGUGCCAAUGCAUUUCCUUGGAUGCAGAUGAGGAGACAUGGGAGAGUUAAGCAAGUGCUUCAUGGCAAAACCAGGAUUUGGAGGUUGAAAGAAGGGAGAGUCCUGAUAUUUCCUACCUCUUUGGGGGUUGUCUUGGUUAUCAUCUCCCUUCUGAAUGGAAAGGCCACCAGUGCUAUCUGCCUGUUUGUGCCACCCUGACCUUUAUCUGAUGAAGAUAAGAGCUGACUCGACUCUUAAUGAGCUGCAAAAGGAGAUGGUCUUGGAAAAAGGAGCUGCUUCUUUUUCAGUCCCUUUCACAUUCCUCAUGUCUUCUGCUAGACUUUGGCCUUUUGUCAGAGGAGCAGUGCAAUUCAGCAGGGAAACGAGACCUUUGCAAGGAGUAACUGGGUUCAAUAGCAUCAGGAUGACUGGGGAAACUGAGCUCAGCAGGGUUGCUUUGCAUGGUGCAAACCUAAGGGCCAGAUUUAGAGCACAGAUGAAACAAAAAUAUGUCCCAAUACCAGGUGUAUGCCUACAUCUCCCAACCUCUUCUACGGGGGGCAGGUGCCUCUCUUCUCCCUCACAACCGCUCCUAGCUGGGUAUGGCAAAGGAUCUAGAUGGACAGUUCAAGUUAGACACAUGGAAACCUUUUUUUAAAAAAGAGAGUGAGUUGAGUUGUUUUCUGCAAGAAUCUUAUUGUGCUGUCAGUUCUGCUAGAAGAUCUGAUGUGGGAGCAAUGAGCUUUGGAGCAUUUCAAUGCUCUACCUCCAACUAUGCGCAACCGAUAUAUUGGUAAAUAAAUGCAAACAUUUCAAAAUGGCACUUAGCCUUCAGUAACCUCAUUCCAAUGGAAACCAAGCCCAGGGAAGUGCUAGAACCUCUUAAACAUUUUGCCGCCCAGAGAAGUGUAGCAUGCAGAACAAUAUACUCCACGGCAGUUCAAUCUUCCUUCCUUUUGAUACGGAAGGGGGGGUGCCUUCCUUCACCCUUCCGCCAGUCACCAGAGGGUCCGAGACGAUGACCUCAAGGGCACCCAGCCCGCCCUACAUUCACCCCUCAGCCCCACACCGUUGCACAAGCACCACACCCUACCCAAGCCCCAAAAUUAAAGUGCCUUUCCCUUUUUCCACACGGGCAAAAUAAGCCCAAACUCUUAAGCCUCUUUCUCUUAAGUCUCUCUCUCGCUCUAUCUUUAUCGUGGGUAGACCGUAUCAAACUGUAUCCCCAUUCGUUUCAAUGGCUGCGUUCUACCCAAUCAGAACCAUGCAUUCGCUUUGCAGAGCUAGCUCAGCGAGCUCCUGCACGCCUCAUUUAACCUCUUGACAAGCUGCUGAUGGCUCCCCGCUGGGAGAACAAUGGAACCAAAACUCGUGAACCCAUAAAAGUGUCAAAUCUUGCAACAAUGUAUCUAUUUUGUUUCCGACUUCAAUUAUCAAUAUAAGAAUGGACUGAAACGGACUAAAAACUUCUAAAAUUCGUAUAAAAUCAACCGCAGCUCUGAUUUCCUUGGUUUUGGUGUCGAUCGACUCAGUUUCUUCAGGACUCCAUGACACCUCCCCUGCCUCCAUAAUCCUCGAGCGAGGAGUCACGUAUUCAGGAAGACCCUAAUCCAGUCAAAUCACUCUGCCCAACCUUUCCUCCGGGCGAUGCCAGGUGGCAGACUUUACAUACUUGGACUAUUGUCUUCUCAUCACCGGUACUCAGGAAGCGCUUAUCCGCGCAUAUCUCCAGCUCUGCAUAUUCCCCCCUCCCUCCUCCAUAUGUUAAUCUGUGUAACCCAACCUCUCCUUAAAAUAUUCAUGAUGUAAUCUGUGUAACCCAACCUCUCUCUAAUGUAUUCAUGAUGUAACUAUGAUGUAUUUUGCACUGUAUUCUGGGACAUGGAGGGAAGUUUCAAAAGUUCAUGUCACCCCUUUCUCGCUGUUCAAUCUCAUCUUGAACCUGUUGCGCAAUAAACUUGGAUCUUCUGCAGUUUG